CUCUAUUGCUGUAGUUGGAAUCACCAUUAAGUCCUUUAGAUAGCAGAUAAGAUAGUCAACUAUUCGCUUCUGAUCCAUAAAUGUGACCUAGAAUUGACCACUAUGAAAUCUAGUGUUCUCGCCUUGGCGAUUUUCUUAACCACCUUAAUUGAAGGUUCUCUGGCGGCUGUGUCAUGUUUUAACUGUCCGGACAGAGUUGCUUACCCUCGGGAUUGCCCGUUUAUUACAAGAUGCGGGGACCACGAGGUGUGUUUCGUCGACCAGUUUGUCUCCCCAGACGGGAACAUCUUCUUUAGAAGUGGCUGCAGAUCAAAAGCCAUGUGCGGACUAGGGGGUAGGCGGGAUAUCUCCCCCGAGAAGAGACAAGUGGGGGUGGGCGGCGAGAUCAAAGUCUGCGAGAACUGCUGCUCCUCGGACCACUGCAACUACGGCGGCUGUGGACAGGAUUCUCUUCCUCCUCCCAGUAAAAGGGGUCCCAUAUGCUACAACUGUUUCCAACAGCAGACCGAGGCUGGCUGUAACAGGAUCACGGUGUGUCCAGAGGAUUGCGAAUGCCAUAUCAUGCGGGCCCCUGACGCCAACUAUGAUUUAGCCUACACAACGGGAUGUGUCCGUAAAUCGAUUAACUGCAGAUCGGAUCUACUACCGCUUCAGACUUGUCAUGCGAGCCAUUUGGGAUCAUCAUCCGGGUCAUCUUCGGGACCAACCUCGGGAUCAACAGCGGGUCCUCCUGUGUCUGUGGUAGGGAGGAGAAUGAUCGAGAACAACUACAACCUGGCCCCUAGAGCUGCCGAGAAGCGCGCCGGGUUCUGUUUCACCUGCUGUCCAAAGGACCUCUGUAACCGGAACUGCUCAAUGGCCCAUGCGCACGCAGCAUCAACCACACCCCCACCGACAACAACCUCCACUUUGACAACAACAACUAGUACUACAACCGUUCCAACAACAACAACAACAACAACAACAAAAACCACAACAACACCAACAACAACAGCUAGUACCACAACCGUAACCACCACAACAACGACUUCUCCAACGACGACAACAACCUUACCCACGACGUCAACAACCUUACCCACGACAACAACUUUACCGACGACGACAACAACAUUGCCAACUACCACAACAGCACUGAAAUGUCCUUCCGAUUUCAAGAGGUACUUGAAUCACUGCUACUAUUUCUCUACGGAUAUCAAGUACUGGGGAGAAGCCGGACAACUGUGUAAACUAAAGGGAGGAUAUUUGGCAAAGAUUGACGACCAGUUGGAAGAAGAUUUCAUCGUCAGCGUCAUCCAACCUUUGGUCCACAAUGGCCAAAUACCAGGAUAUGUAUGGGGAUAUUACAUCGGGGCCCAUUUAGUUCAGGGGGUGUGGCAGUGGUCGGACGGGGUGCCCCUCAACUACACCAACUGGGGGACAAAUGAGCCCGACCACCCCGGAGAGCAGAACUUCGGCUUCGUCUUCCUACCGGGACACUAUGUUGGAGAUUACAAAUGGGGCAGUCACAAGGACAUGCAGGGAACAUCGCGGUUUAUAUGCGAAAAAGAUCUCAUCUAAUAAACUUACUAGGUCAAUA